AGUUGAGCCUAACAUGAGCUUCCAGGUCUGAUACUUUAGGCUGGGAGAAGCAGGCAGCAGCCAGUCACCCCUAACUAGCAGAAAUACAGGGGACUGUGUCUGAAGUGAGCAAUCUGUUAAAACCACCUCUUGGGGCUGACAUUUUCAUGGCUGUAAAUAUCCGCAAUGUAGCCCAAGCGGGCCUGCUUUCCCAGCAGUACCCACCACCUCUACUUCCUAAACCAGGAAAGGAAAAUGUCAGACUCCAGAAGUUACUUAAGAAAGCUGCCAAGAAAAAAGCUGCCUCACAAGCUUCCCAGACGCAAGUCCCGUUCCGCUCAUGUCUCUCUCCAGUAACCGAAGCUAGUCCUGACCUGGAACACAGUGACCACUCAACUCCACCCAAAACACCAGAGACACCCAUCUACGGAGGGACACUGCACCCACGCUUCAAUGUCAGACCACUGUAUCAGCAUGCAUCAUCACCAUACCCUCAUCACAGAGGCAUCCCAGCAAUUCCACAGCCCUAUGGUGCACCACACCUUGUGGCCCCACAAUUCUCAUACACAACUCCACCCUUUUCUGCUGGAGUAUCACCAGUUCCAUCUUUUUCUGCAACAUCAAUUAGUGAGACAUCCAUACCUGUUGAGAUAAUCAGACCUGCUGCUUUAAAACCAUCAGCACAGCUCUCUCUGUCAGUUCAGAACUUAAGUAAAGUGCUGGAAACAAAAAUGGAGGCAGGUCUUUUACCCACUUUUAUCAUCUCUAAGGCUGCAAGUCCUCAACCAACAAAACCUAUGUUUGAUGUGCCAAAAAUGAAAAACUAUACUUCUAAGACAGCAACAUUAGGACCUUCUUAUACAUCAACAACAAGUCAAAGAAGUAGAACCCCAGUUGCUGAGAUUAUGAGAAGUCCAACACCAACAUUUGAAGUAAGGAAGAUUGUGACAUCAACCACAGAAAUCAGGAGGGAUAAAACACCAACCAGAGAAAUCAAAAGGGCCAUAACACCAACAUCUGAGAUAAAAAGAACGGUGACACUUCUAUCUGAAAUCACAAGUGAAACAUCCUCAGUCUCCGAAAUGACAAGAGAUAAAACACCCACUAGGGAAAUCAAAAGAGUCAUAACACCAACAUCAGAAAGGGGUCUAACACCUACCUCUGAAAUCAAAAUAGAAACAACUCCAACCUUAGAAAUAAAGACUGAAACCAGUCCAGUUGUUGAAAUCAGAGGUACUACCCCAACAUCUGAAAUGAAAGGUCCUUCAACAGUUGAAACCGAGUCUAAAAGAGGAAGAACCCUGACAAGGGCAACAUUUGAGGUAUCUUCAAAAACUCAUUCAGGAAGACCAAAAACUCCAUCACAUCAUGUUUCACCAGCUAGGACACCUGUCAUAGAAAUUUCAAAACCUAAUCCACUUUUGUUUGCUGUCUGUACAGUCUAUAUAGAGGGAAGAAGAUCCAAAACACCAACCUCAAGUUUAGUUGGGCCUAGUGAUGAAAUGUCUAAAGAAGAUAAAAGUAUAAAUCUUUAUGAAGCCACACAAAAUAGGGAGAUUUAUGUGGAAUCAUCUGAAACCUCAGAAGCUACACUGCCAUCUGAAAAGCUCAGACAAAAUGAGUUGUCAAAACCAAAGACCCCUGAGAAAGAUGCUUUAAUAAAUACAGAAACUAUUAAAAUCCAAAGCCCAAAGACUCAUGUACUGGAAUCUCCCAAACCUGUAACUCCCAAACCUGAAUAUCAAGGACCCAAAACAUCAAGCUCUGAGUUUUCUGAACCUACAAGUCCUAUAUUAGGGUAUCAAAGACCAACUGUGCCUGCAUUUGCAGGUCAAAGGCCUAGAACACCAACAAAAAAGACCAAAUUAAAAUAUUAUGGAUUAACCCCUGCUGAAUAUGUUGCUUAUGGGGGCAUACAGAGUUACGUACCUGCUUUCGGCAUCUCUAGAGCUAUAUCACCAUCUAUUGGGGAACCUACAUCUGAACAAGUGUCAGAAGGAUCUACUCAAAGUGUUGAUGGUAAAAAAGAAGAAACAACUACUUUAAAAGAGCAGCCAGAAAGUACCAAGGCAAUUCCAGGUAAAGUAUCACAAUUCAGCAUUGCUGAUACUAAAAAUGGAGCUUCUGUGUCUUUGCCAUCUGCUGAAGUCUCAAAGACAACAGUGUUAGCAGUUGAGGCAACACUAACAUCUGUGCAAGAGAUAUCUCUAUUAGAGGUAAAGCAAACAAAAGAAAAUGAUACUGUCAUCCCUAAAGUUAAAAUUCCAACUAUUGUGGUAUCUCAAGUUGACACACCACCAUCAGAAGCACCAAAGACAGUAACCACAAAGUCUUUGACACAAAAUGUUAGUGCUCCAACAAAUGGCAUGCCAAAACCAAAGACACCACCUCCUGACUCUCCAAAGGAAACCACUAAAACUGAAAUUACAAUAAAACCAAGAUCUGUAAAAGCUAUAACCCCUGACCAAAAUGCAAACAAUAUUCCAGCAGAAACUGCAAGUACCACCAAAAUAAGCAAAGUGUUAAAAUCCUUAGCAGCUCCUAUGACUUCAACAAAGGCAGCUGAAAUUACCACAACCAAAAAGACAGAAGAUAUGUCUCUGGUCAAGACAAAGGUUGACAAAGUGAAAAAUAGAACAGAUAGUUUGGAAAAUGGAUCAAAGCUUAUUUCACAGGAAGCUAAACCUGCAGAGGAAAAGAAGGAGGACAGCUCCCUCUCAACUUUAGAGCCUCCGCUGAAGGUGAUUCAGAAAGCAAAAGGGCUAAAGUCCAAACUUAGUGGCUGGUCUCGUCUUAAGAAACACCUGGUGGUGGAGCUUGAGGAGCCCAAAUUUCCAGAGACUGAAGCAGAGCUAAAUAAAGAUUCUGUUGACAGCACUGCUCAAAAACCCAAUCAGCAGGAAGACCAAGACAAAGACAAAGACAACACUGGUGAAAAUGAGGGACGUGAUGCUCCUAGGGCUGCAAAAAUGUGGGAUGCAGUAUUAUUUCAAAUGUUCUCAACCAAAGAGAGUAUCAUGCAACAGAUUGAAGCCAACAAAAGUGAAGAGCAAAAGAAAGAGGAGGCUAAACAAAUUGAACAAAAAGAUAUUCCAGCUUUUGCUCAUCGCCUUCCAGUUCUCCUUUAUAGUCCUCGGUUUGAUGCCAGAAAACUGAGAGAGGCGGCCUCACGCCCAGUAACAAAGAUUGCAACAGUUUUCGAGAUGGGUCUUAUAGGACGCAAAAAUAAGGAUGAAGAACCAAAAGACUUUAACAGGACAGCAAAAGGGUUUAGUACUUAAUAAUCUGAAGUGAAUCUAAAGAGAGAUAUUGGAUAUUGUAUUUUUCCAGUAAUUCUGUAUAGAUCUGUUUACCACCACUGAGUAAUCUUAAGGUUUUAACUAAAUAGCACCUUCUAACAUGCCAACUUUCCAGUUUUGUAUUCAUUUUUUAUUAUAGUUUCUGCUUUUUAAGAUAAAGCUAGUGAGAGGUAUUGAGGGACAGAGGUCGGAUUGUAUGUUCAGUAAGGGAACAGGAUCAACAAGGUCAAUGAAAGUUGUAGGUAGCUGGAUUAGUCGGGUGGCUAAGAAGCAUGGAAAGAGUAAAAAAGGUGUGUAAAAGAAAGAGUAAGAAGUGCACGCCUCUAAAUCUACCACAAAUCUCACAUGAAACCACACAAUGAGGUUUAUGAUGUAUCCUGGUGACCAGAGCAUGCUGAAAGCAUGACAGGCAGCUUACAUUGAUUUAAAAGGGCUAUGUUUAAUUAAAAAAAAAAAGUUUAAAUUGUUAGAUAAUGCUCAAGUGAAUACUGACGGUCAGCCCUAUGCAUGGCUUAUAUAGUCAAUCAUCUUGUUAUGUUAAUUAAUUGUCCAUGUUCUAGUGUUUGUCCUUUUUGUGCAUGUCUUCUAAAAUCUGUCUGGGUACACAUUCUUCUCUGUAGAGCUAAUGAGAAGUGUAAUACCCUGGAUUCUAAGGUGCAUUAAAUGAAACAUUUUAUAUAUUUUUUGUAAUAAAACAUGUCAUUUGGGGAAAGGGAAA